GGCCUGCUCUGCUGGGUGUCAGGAGGCGGCGGUGAGCUUUGCCAUGGAGGUCCUGGGACAGGCUGAGCCGAGUAUUCUACCAUCAAGAGAGCUGUUGUUCAAGGAAACAUGAAAUCAGAUAAUGAGGACAGAGAGGGUCUUGUACCUGGGACAUCAAACAUGUCACCAGAAGAAAAAACGGCAGACACCAGGAGUAGCAGUGAUGAUUUCACAGGAGAUGUGUCUCCAUGCCCUGAGGAUUGGGAAAAUGCUGAUAUAAAACCUAGCCAAGAAGCUUCUAGGAAAAAACUAUGUGGUUAUUUACAUAAAUGUUCUUCUAAAGCACCAAUCAAGACCUGGAAGUCACGCUGGUUUUGCUAUGAUGAAAAUAAAUGCUACUUGCUAUACUACAGGACAGCACAAGAUAUUAAUCCUUUGGGAAGCAUAGAGAUUUCCAUUGCGAGUUUUGAUCUUAAAGUGGGAGCAGAUGAGGGUAUUUUUGAAAUCAGGACUCCCAUCAAAGACUUUAUUCUCAAGGCUGUCAACAAACAAGCCAUGAUGUAUUGGCUACAACAACUGCAGCUGAAACGCUGGGAAUUUUGUAAUAAACAGGCAAAGGGUUUUGUUGACGCCAUGCCAUCCUUUCCUUCCAUAAACGAGGCCCAGCAGAGCAACACGGAGGCAGAACAGGAUUUUUUACCCCUGGUGACAACUCCCACUGAUGUAGUUGGCAUAAAGGCAGCUUCUCUACCAGCACCACCGACUUCCAUUGCUCUUCAGAACAUCUCUCUCAAGCAUCCUUGGAUUGAAAUACAAAACACAGUGCAUAAUCUGUGUGGCAGCCGUCAGAACCAAAAAGACAGUAGUGGUUUUGAGGAAAAUUUUGAAAUUAUUGCUGAUGAAGAUCACCUAAAGGGAGAAACUGAGGAUACAGUCAUGGCAGAGAUGCAGAAGGACACCAAAACGAGACUAAAGCCACCAACAUUCCGAAAAUACAAAAAAGCCAGCAGUAGUUUUCAUUAUUUUGUUGAAGGAGCAGAACAGGGGAAAACAGCUUCUCUUCAGCACCAGGUUUUGAUCCUUACAGAGGAAGUAAAAUCUCAGAAGGAACUGGUCAAACUUCUUCACAAAGCUCUGGAGGCAGCUCAGAAAGAGAAACGAGAGUCCUGCAGGUAUCUGGUCACAGCUACGGAAAAAGACAGGCUGGAAUUAGUGCGCCACAAAGUGAGGCAGAUUGCUGAGCUAAGUAAACAGGUCCAAGUGCUAGAGAUGGAAAAGAAAGACCUGGAGCAGGAGGCUGCUUUGAAGGAGGAGCACAUCAAGGAGCUGAGAGAACAUGUGCAGCUCUUGAUGGACAAAAACGAAGCCAAGCAACAAGUCAUCCUCAAGCUGACAGACCAGCUCACUAGAGAGAUGUCUGACUCUGUUACUGAGGCAGACAGCAUCAUGACUGAGACCUUGUACAAGCAACAGGAAAAGAUCGAACACCUGAAGGAUGAUCUUGAGGCAUAUAAGACUCAGAACCAAUUUUUGAACUCUGAAGUCCACCAGGUUAGCAAAAUAUGGAGCACAGUGGCACAGAGAGAAAAAAACCUUCUGAUGAAGUGUGCUCAACUGCAAGCCCACAAUUGCCAGAUUGAAAGCAAGUACCUGAUGUUUCUAAGGACCCUGCAGGGACUGCCGGAUUUGGCUCAGGAACACAUGGCCUUGGUGACGGGACUCAUUGAAGAGGCCCUGCAAUGGGAUAUGAAGGAAGACACCCUGAUUCCUGUUCAGCUAAGCCCAGUCAACCAAUAUGAUGAUUACGGGUUUAUGACAGUUCCUGAAUACGAAGCUGCAGACCGGAAGCUCUUGGCCAAAAUCCAGGCCCUGGAGAUCAAAUACACCAAUCUGAACAAGGAGACCACAGAGAAACCUCUCUCUGAGCGAUGGAAUAACUUUGGAGAACUGACUCCCUCUUCAGAGCUAAAAAGCUUAUUGCGCUGUGGUGUCCCAAUAGUGCAUCGCCAGAGGGUAUGGAGAUGGAUUAUCAGCCAUCAGUUAAAGCAAAUACGCUCCGCUGGUCAUUACCACAAUUUACUCAAGAAGUGUGAAAAUGCUGAGCACCCAGCUUCCCAGCAAAUUGAACUGGAUCUGCAUCGCACGCUGCCCAACAAUAAACAUUUUAUGUCACCGGCUUCCCAGUUUAUUCCCAAACUUAGAAGAGUUUUACUUGCAUUCUCCUGGCAAAAUCCAACCAUCGGCUAUUGUCAAGGAUUGAACAGACUGGCUGCCAUUGCCUUGCUGGUCCUAGAAGAGGAAGAAGAAGCUUUCUGGUGUUUAGUUCAUAUCACAAACAAUUUAAUGCCUCAAGAUUACUACAGCAACACAUUAAUCGGCUCGCAAGUAGAUCAAAGAGUUUUCAAAGACAUCUUAGCAGAGAAGCUUCCCAGGCUGACAGCACACUUGAAUCAACUUCAAAUUGACCUGUCCUUAGUGACCUUCAACUGGUUCCUGGUUGUUUUUGUUGAUAGUCUUGUCAGCGAUAUUCUCCUCAGAGUUUGGGAUGCUUUCCUCUACGAAGGUGCCAAGGUGAUAUUCCGUUAUGCACUCGCAAUUUUUAAAUAUAAUGAAGAAGCAAUAUUGAAGAUUCGAGACAAUCUGGAAUUCUAUCAAUAUCUUCGUUUUUUCACCAAAACUAUCUGUGAUGGCAGAAAGCUGAUGAGCAUCGCCUUCAGUGGUAUGAAUCCGUUUCCCAUGAAGCUGCUUCAGAAUCGACGUGGAGUGCAUAGAUUAAAAGUGGAAGCUGAGCUGAGAGAAUUGGAGCAGCUAAAAGCCCAGUAUAUGAAGGAACAGGCUGAACACGCAGCCAGCCCGCUAGAUGGAGCCGCGAGCGAGGAGGAAGAAGAGAUCUAAUUCUCAUUUACUCUCUGGUCCGUUGUAAACAUUGCCUUUGUUUGAAACGCAAAGGCAGCAGUUAUUUAUGAGAAACACUUGGCACCUGGUGCAAUGAAUGCAGAUGUACUGGAUGGUUUGUAGGUCCACUGCAAAUAAGGGUGUGAGGGCCAAGGUUUGUUC